AUUCAUGUCACCAUGAGUGACGCAGAAUACGAAGUCGAGUCUGUGACGAAGGCGCGCGUGGAGGCGAAGCGGGGCAGGAAAAUCAUAUGGAAAUAUCAUGUCAAAUGGAAAGGGUAUAGUUUGGAUGAUAGCACUUGGGAACCCGAAAGCUCUUUUACUUAUGGCUCAAAGCAUAUCCUCAGGACCUUCUGGGCGCAUGCUUUAACCCGUGGCAGAGAGCAUACCAAUCCACAGCUUUUUGAGAAAGGAGAGGAGGUUCAUGUUUCGGGCUUUACUGGGGCGGGUCCGCGUCUUGAAAAUAAAUCUAGUAGGGAUGUCCUACAAGGACGUUCUGCGACAUUCGAAGAUGAUGCCUCCGAUGAUGAACCCUUAACCACGAAGAAGCGGCGCAGACAUCAAAAACCCGCGGGAGAACCAAGGGCGAAGCGGAAGCGCGAGUCAGAACCUGGCACCGCCGGUCAUGCAUCGACUCAACGGGUGAGGGCAUUUGGGCCCAAAAGCAGGGCCAAAUCAUCAGCACCGGCAAAACAAAGGCGCGCUUCGUCACCAGGCCCCCGCGGCGCGCGUCAGCUUUCCCUGACUAAGCUGACUGAUACGGACGCCGAAGGGGAGCUCGACAUGGAACUCUUUGGAGAAGUGGAAGAAGUGGAAGGAGAGCUAAUGAAGAUAGGCCCCGAUGACCCUGAUGCUCAGGAUAUCCCCAACUCCCAUGCUGAUCCUCCCAAGGUCAAUGGGACAAUCGUGGAGUUCGAGGACCUUCGCAGCUACUCUCCCGAUAUCCAGGAUACCAUCGAAGUCAGUCAAGUACUGAGUGAAGAUGUGAUUCUUUCGGCCAACGAGGGACCCAGCUCGCCUGACCCCCUUUUCGAUUCUGCUCCACAAUCAAGAAAUGGCACUCCCGCUGAGUCAGCGGUACCUCUUCACCGUGCUCGGGCGGCUAAUCCUUUGGUCAAGUUUAUCGAUGCUGCUCCGCUAAUGGACAAGAAUUCAGGGGCCGCCAUCCCCGCAAAAACACGCUUGAUUUCUGGCCAGCCUUCGAGCUCAUCUCAACAUAAUGGUAGUUACGCAUCCCACAAGACACAAUCAAAACCUGGCCCUGGUGGACGUUCCCGAGGCAAGAACCGGAGCUCCCUGUUGACAGCUGUGAAGGGCAGCCUAACCAGCGUGAAGGGUCGCUUCGGGCGGGCAAAGGAUGUAAGGGAAGAGUCACAAGCAAUUGAAGAUGCUCCAGCACCAUCUCAUAUUCCAGAGCACGAGUUUGCCAUCGCAUCCUGGAGUGAUGAAGAUGCAGCAGGCGAGACAGAUCACGAGCAUCAAGCAAAUACAUGUUUAGCUGGCCAGAUGGAGCCUGUGGACACUCCUUUACCAGUUUCCUCCGGACAGGAAUUGUUGGAGAUAGCAGGGUUGAAGCCGGAUGCAGACGCAUUGCCUGAUUUCGAAGAUGAAGCGAAUGUCGAACAACCACCUCAACCCAUAAAUGAAAUCUCAGUGGAAACUCUUGUUGAUGAUGUUCCGACCGAAGAUGCAGCCCUCCCUGCUACCCUGACCGUGGAAGACGAAGCGUCACGAAAGAGUCUUGCAGAAGCCAAAGAGCAGCUGUUCCCGUCUGUGCAAGCUUCAGCUUCGGUGACAUCCAUUUCAAGCUUGUCAUGGAAAACGUCAAAAGACAACACUAUCUUUGGGCCAAUGUAUAAGUUACAGGAACCGGCUCAAGGACCUAACGGCGUCAACGAAUCUGUUCCUACAUUCAAGCUCAUUCUGAAUGCAAAUGCGCCUAUUCCACUCGUAUUGAAAGAUUCCAACAAUAUGAAAGGCGUUUCAUUCACUGAUAUAUACGCUGACAAGUCGCUGGACGGUCGAGCUGGAACAUUCUAUCUAUUAGAAGAUGCAGUCAGAAUCGUCAGCACUUUCUCAGGCCUCGGCAGUGCGAGGGUUGUACCCGAUUCCUCUGCGGACGAUGACCACAAGACGCAAUUCGACGUAUUUCAACAACGUCUGCAUUCAGGCCAGACGUUCGUUACCAAGGCCGGGAAAGAAUUGCUCGUCUUUUUUAGCUCGCAGAAUAUGGAGAUCUCAGCCAAGCUUAGUCCGCCGCAAGUACUGAUAGGUCUUGCAGACACGGUGCUCCUCAUGCGUGUCCAGAUCACCGAUAGUACUGGAUAUGCGAAUGCUGUCAUGCAAAUCACUGCGAUGUAAUUUUUACUGAUCACGAUUUCUACUAUACACUCUUGAAUAGCGUUUGAAAAUACUUUACGUGGCUAUGGCCAUUUUUGCAUAUGCAUUUAUACGUAUCCGAUGAAAAGUCAUGAGAGCC